AUGCUGCUCUCACCCGAUGAACUUCCAUCGUCCGAAGCCCUCAACUUCUACGUCAUUUAUUGCCAAGUCAUCUUUUGCGUGACGACCGUAGUUGUAAUCUUCACACUAGUCGUCAUGACCAUAUGUAAGUCAUCUAUUAGCAAUAUUUAUUGUAAAAUCUAGCUUCAACCCAGUCCAUGAGAGUCUAUCACUACUAUUUGGUCACCGAGAUUGUAUGGUCGUACCUAUGCGACGCGAUUUGCAGGGCCUCAACGUUGCUCUCCAUGCAGCCUCUACCGUGUCUGGCGUUUCUCGGCCGGCUGGCCCCGCUGGCCAGCUCACGGCCCCGUUUAAUCGCGGCGGUCGCAAUUUUCAUCCUCAGCGGUCGGUCGGCAGCGAUUGGCCUGCAAUGUUUCUAUCGGGUCUUCCAAUCUGUGCCUCCGCAAAUGCCAGCAUAUCGGUUCUUGCAUCGAAUGCUGAACGACUACGCUUGGAUGACAUUUUUUGCGAUGACUUUUAUCGCCUUUGCCUGCAUUUGGGUGAGUUUAUUAGAACGGUUCUAUCAGUCUGUCGGGAAAAAUAUGCAUUCUGUUGCAUCGAAAAUUAAAUUCUUUUCGCUGCAGCAACGCUAUUUUGCUGCGACGACCGUCACUAUUUUCCCGACAGAGAUACGGACCUUAUCGCCCGACUAUUAACAGAGAUUUCUUUCAGGGUCCCAUGUCCAUGUCCUUUCCCGAUCAAGACGCCCAGAAGCAACUCCUCCUCGCCGCCGACCCAACAUUGGAUUAUCUGUACGCCCGUCUACCGCACAUCAUCUGCUUUACCACCGGCACUCACAUCGACGGGAGCUUGUCUACAGCCGUAGCACUGCUGAUCGCGAUCCCGUGCCUCGGCAGUGCGUUGAUCUUCGCGGUUCAUCGACAGGUGCGGCGCAGCAAACGGCCCGAGCGCACCAUCCAUCUGCACAUGAUGCUGCUGCGGUCGUUGAUCAUCCAGGCCGGCGUUUUGUACGUCUUCAUCGUCUUGCCCGCCUAUGUGUUGGUGCUGUCGCCAAUGCUCGGCGUGAGGGCCGCACCGCAACUGUCAGUCUACAUCGCGGUUGUCUACUAUCUCGAGACGAAUGUCGAGUGUCUGAUGCUGUUGUGGUGUGUGAAGCCCUACAGAGAGGGUGGGUGGCAGAUUUUGCGGAUUGCUACAAGAACAUCGAAGCCGGUUCAAGUGCGAUCCCGGUCGUCAACAAAUUGA